GUGUAUGUGUUUUUAUUUUUAUUUUAUUUUUUUACUUUGUUUUUUCUCAAAGCUUUUGUCUUCUUAGUACAUCAUUUUAUUUUGGGGAAAAUCUUUAUGUCCUUUUGUACGUUUUUUGUUUGUUUUUUUUUACUAGUAAACAGAAGCCACCAGUCGAGCCCUCGUAGAUUUAUUUUUUCUGCUUCUUCCAGAUUCAUUCAUUUACUUUGAUCUUACGGGGGACUAUUUUAUGUUUGCUAGCACAGCGCUGUUUUUUAUUUUCAUUUAGUUUUAUUUUCGGCACAAGUACGGUGGAAGAGCCGCGGAGUGCUUUCGCUGAGCGCUGCCUUUUCGCGGCGGUGCUUGCCCACAUUGUGAGCCUCGCUCUUCCCGGCCCGAUCUCGCCGUUUUUUCUUUCUCCGCUCUUGUGCGAGCGACAUGGAUGAGCAGUCCCGGAUGCUGGCGGGUCUUGGCGGCUUGGGGGCAUUGAACCAGCCCGACGGAGGCGAUCCGGAUUCGGUUCGUAAACAGCAGCAGCAGCUUGGUCAACCUCAGCAAGACAUCGGGGACAUUCUGCAACAGAUCAUGGCCAUCACGGACGAGAGUCUGGACGAGGCACAAGCCAGAUCCUGGCCUGAUGAGCAGAGCUGGGGAAGCAGUGACAGCCGCACCCCUAGACUGAGUCAAGCUGGGAGUGCAUAUGCAGGGUCUCCACUGCCGCUUAAUUUCCAGCACAGAAAACACGCACUGAACUGUCACAGGAUGAAGCCGGCUCUCUUCAGCGUGUUGUGUGAAAUCAAAGAAAAGACUGUUUUAAGCAUCCGUGGAGUUCAAGAAGAGGACCCUCCAGACCCCCAGAUCAUGAGGUUAGACAACAUGUUGCUGGCAGAAGGGGUGUCCGGCCCUGAGAAGGGUGGAGGUUCAGCUGCUGCUGCUGCAGCGGCUGCAGCUGCAGGAGGCUCCCCAAAUGAUGGCAGCAUCGAGCAUUCCGACUACCGUGCCAAACUGGCACAGAUCCGUCAGAUUUACCACGCAGAACUGGAAAAAUAUGAGCAGGCAUGCAGUGAAUUCACCACUCAUGUUAUGAAUUUGCUGCGGGAGCAGAGCCGCACACGUCCCAUUUCACCAAAGGAAAUUGAGCGUAUGGUUAGCAUUAUUCACCGCAAGUUCAGUUCCAUCCAAAUGCAACUGAAGCAAAGUACCUGUGAGGCUGUCAUGAUCCUACGCUCUCGUUUCCUUGAUGCCAGACGCAAAAGGCGUAAUUUCAACAAGCAGGCGACAGAAGUCUUAAAUGAGUAUUUCUACUCGCACCUUAGUAAUCCCUACCCCAGUGAGGAGGCCAAAGAAGAGUUGGCUAAAAAAUGUGGCAUCACAGUUUCGCAGGUUUCUAACUGGUUUGGCAACAAGAGAAUCCGGUACAAGAAGAACAUCGGUAAGUUCCAGGAGGAGGCAAACCUGUACGCUGUUAAAACAGCGGUGGAUGCAGCCAGUGUGUCAGCCCAAGCCAGCCAGGCUAACUCUCCCGCAACGCCUAAUUCAGGUUCCUCCGGCUCCCAUAACAUGUCGAACUCGACGGAUUUGUACAUGACCAUGCGCACUCUCAAUGGUGACUCCUACCCAAGUUCUCAGGUGCCACCUAACCUGCAGACUCAGGUGGAUACCCUGCGCCAUGCUAUACACCAGACGGGAGGAUAUGAAGACAUGGCUGGCAACCCUGUCUACACCCCACGACGCAUUGAUGCCAAUGGCAGCUGGCAAGAUGGAACUUCUUCCUCCGUGACAUCACCCCCCGGAGGUCCAGGGAGUGUUCACUCAGACACGUCUAACUGAGCUCUUCCACAUUACCAAAUGAAACCAAGAAGCGAAAAUUAAAUAAUAAAGAAACGAUAACAAAAAGGCACCAUAAAACGCUCAUUCACCCGCCACUGCAAAUGACUGUUUCAAUGUUGCCAUCCAUCACACACUUUCCACCCAGGAUUCAAGAAACAGAUGGACAGAAAGCUGACAAAGCUGGAACUAUGAUCUUCAUAUUCUAAAUGUAUUUGAGCUGCAGACUGGCAUCCAGCAGACAGAGGAAAACUAACAUUGCCUCUGUGUUUGAAAAGUUACCAGAUAAGCAGGGCACUAGGUGAUGCUGUGCUAUAGUGGGGUUUUUUUUUUUUUUAGGUUUUUUAUUUUUCUUCGUCUCUCUCCCACCCACACAUUCCUCUUACCUCCCUGAACAAAACGCUUUUGAGUUGAUGGACAGCUAAUGAGUUCAACAUGUCCUGGAAUUAGUACUGGUCACAUCGUAGAGGGAGACGUUUUUGGAAUGCAUGACACCAUCAUACCAGGUGGGUGGGAUGGGUAUUGUGGCACUUUUUGUCUUUUCUGUGCAGAUUCUGCUGUGGCCACUAUGACUGUUAAGCUGUGCCCGUGAGACUCUUCCCCUCCAAUAAGCACUGAUGAACCAGGAUGAAAAUGAUACAAAGUGGAUCUUGGAUAGUCUCCGUAUGUUGGUUGGGAAGGUUUCCACAUUGAAAUUUUAAAAUGGAUUGUUUCUUUAUUUUCUUUUUGCUGCAGCAGCCAGAACAUGGAGAGAGCUUCUGUGGACAGCAUUCUAUAUCACUGACUAUCUAACCUUGUGCCCUGCUUUAAUAGACAAAGAACUAAAAGAAAGAAAAAACAAACAAACCAGGGUUUAAAAAUAGCUUUCACAGCCUAGAAAAUCGCUUCUGAUAUUAUGAAUACACCAAAUGGAUUUCUCCUUUUCUAUGAAAUGUUUCAGUUGUUGCUGUAUAGAAUUUUUUAUUUGUCUAAAAUUAAUAUUGCCUUCAUUGUCAGAUUCAGAGGGUGAAUUUUAAGAAAGGUUCUGCUGUU